AUGACAGAAAAAGAUCUGAAUUUGCGGCAACGAAGAUGGUUGGAAUUGUUGAAAGAUGAUGAACUUGUGAUAGAUUAUCAUCUGGGAAAAGCCAAUACAGUUGCUGAUGCUUUGAGCAGAAAGUCUCUCUUUGCUUUGAGAGCUUUGAAUACGAGAUUAACAUUGACUGAAGAUGGAUCAUUGUUUGCAGAGUUAAAAGCUAGAUCAUUGUUUCUUCAAGAAAUUUAUGAGGCUCAAAAAGUAGAUAAUGAAUUGCAAAGAAAAAAGACUCAGUGUGCAGUGGACGAUAAUUUUGAUUUUCGGAUUGAUUCAGAUGGAUGUUUAAUGUUUCGUGACAGAAUAUGUGUUCCGAAAAAUGUUGAUUUAAUUCAGAAAAUUUUGCAAGAAGCACAUGAUAGUAGUUUGACAGUUCACCCCGUAAUGGAUCCCGAUCGAGCCAAAGCUGAUGAUGUUAAGAGUAUAGCGCCUGCUGCCGUGCAAGGGACAGAGCUGGUAGAUUCUAGACCGACCUCGAGUAACCAGGAGGGAAAGGCUAAACAAGCCUUCUACCAAAUGAUGAAUGACUAG